AUGGAUACCUCAGCACGCCCGCAAGUUAGGGUUAUAGGUGCCUCCCGGAACCCGGAAUACAAUAUCAAUUCUGGUACGAAACGCUUCGCUCGACGUGAAGACGGUGGUCGGAUAGCGCCGGUGUCUCAGCUCAACACGUAUACUGGCCGUGCGCUUGCAAACUGCGCACCCAGUCAACCACCCCAAGGGAAUGCGUUCUCUCGACGGAGCGAUCCCCCGCCCCAAGGACGUCAGGCUCGCCCUGCUGGCGACGUUCCAAAGGGCAAGCCCAUGCUCAAUAGGGGAGUCUCCAACAAAAUCUCAGAUCGUGAACGCCUACCUUCGCAACGACCACGUACGGAGCUCUCUCAACUCUUGGGUAUGACGCGAGGCAGCUCGCGAAAAGGGACCACUCAGGGUCGGUCGAGCUCCGGAAUAGGUCCCCCUCCAAGCGCUGCAUGCAGCAAAUGCGAACGAUGGGGAACUGUGGAUUUCCUUCGACCAUCAAGUGACGAGAGCCAGGUCUGCAACUCAUGUCACCGCUUCCUCCCGGGGCCGCAAUUGACCGCACUGGAUGGUGCUUCCGGUAGACCCAGGCAGACAGGAAUGGACCCCGUCCCUCCGUCGAAGUACCCCACCGGGCUUAUCUGCGCAACUUGCGUCAGCAUUCCCGGAUACCUCUAUCAAGAGUACCUCCAGUUCUUUCCCAAAUGCCCUUGCUGCGGUCACAUGACAGACAUGACAUUGAGCGACCUCAUCGCCAACGAAAGAGAAGUCAACGGACUGAGAGACGAAAAUGGCAAGCGAGUGUCUGGCGCAUCCAAAGAACUACAAGACUGGUGCGUCUACAUUGCUCACCAUGCGCGCUCAGUCAGCCGCCAUAACUCUGGAAGGUCGGUCGCAUCGUCGAUAUCUUCGCUAGGCUUGCGUCGCUCCGGUGCUAUUAGACGAACACCUACGGCGAGCACUGGGUCAUCGGUUGGAGGAACAUCUCAUCCGGGAUUGAUUCCGGCCUCGCAGAUGGAUGUGAGCAAGCCGCGAUAUACACGCCGGUUUAGCUUCACCACUAUUGGACCUCCUACUCCUACAGACAAGGGUAAAUCGUCGACUGUCCGAGCACUGCAACCGCCAGUGCCGGAGCCUGGAUUGCCCUUUCAAAGCCGAAAGUACGAUUCCAGUGCCUCUUCUCUUCGGACUAGCAGCGCCGCGGAUAUGGGCUUUGGAAUAUCCCGCUGUUAUUCAACAUCUGAUGCGUGA